CCCCCUCUUCUAUCUAUAUAUCUCACUUGCACCUCGCGACCCAUUUUAGCCUCUUGCUGUCCCACUCAAAAUCUCUUUCGUGUCCACCUCACCUUGCACCACCUGCUCCGCCGCCGCCGCCGCCGUCCUCGAUCCAUCCAUGGCCGCCGCGAGCUUCGACGGCGCCGGCGGGGCGCUCGGCGUGCACGCGGCGUCGCGCAAGAUCGGGAAAUCGGCGGCGCAUCAGCAGCAGCGGAAGCCGGUGAUCAUUUACAUGGUGUCGCCCAAGAUCAUCCACGUCGAGGCCCACGAGUUCAUGUCGCUGGUGCAGCGGCUCACCGGCCCGGGGGCGGCGGCCGCGGGCGACGGCGGCAAGAAGGCGGCGUCGUCGUCGCCGAGGGAGGCGCGCAGGGGGGCGCCGCCGGUGCGCGUCAAGGCGCGGGCCCUGAACCGGCCCGCCGGCGGCUCGGCCGUGUCCGUGUCGGUGACGGCGACGAUGCGGCAGCAGCAGCAGCUCGCCUCUCCGUCGUCGGCGGCGGCGGCCGGGCCGUCGCCGUCGCCGUCGACGGGGUUCCUGUUCAACGACCUCAGCCCGCUCCGCGGCGCCGCGCUCAAGGGCGAGGCCGCCGCCGCCGCGCCGCUCGUCUCCCCCGGCGCCGGCUGGCUUCAGCACGUCGGCGACCACUUCUUCAGCCCCGUCGGCGCGCCGGGGGCGCUCGGCUCGCCGUCCGCCUUCCUCGACAUCUUCGGGCCGCUGCCGUCGCAGCACCAAUAAUGAUACAAAUCUCACCGGAGCAACGGCGACGGCGACGGCGACGCAGUCGCUGUGCAUGAUGCAUGGUCGCCAAUUAGGGUUUUCCUCUCGCGACCUUGCACUUGCACGGCGUAAUAAUCGAAAAAGAAAUUCCGAAAUGAGCUUAAAAUCAUCUUGGUUUGCAUAUGUAUAGGCUUGUAAAUUAAUUAGUUCAUCAAAAUUGUAGAUAAUUUAGGUGGUUUACAAAAUUUUCCCUUAAUUGCUCGCAUGGCUCUACACGCAUGAGCCAUGGCUGCAGCAAGGGAAGAGGUCGAUCGAGUUGUGUUCUAUUGAUUUGUUCAUCUGAUUAUACAUAGAUGAUUACCUUUUCUUUAA